AUGUUCUCCAAGUCUGUUCUCAUCGCCCUCGUGCCCUUUGCAGUGGCUGGUCCCAUUGCUCCUCGACAGGGUCUCGGAUCUGGCCUUGGCUCAGGUAUUCCCAGCUUUGGAGGUUCCACGGGCGGUCUUCCUGGACUUCCCAGCUCUGGCGGUUCUACUGGUGGACUGCCCAGCAUCCCAAGUCUUCCUAGCUCUGGAGGUUCAACUGGAGGACUUCCCAGUAUCCCGGGUCUAGGCUCUGGUGGUUCAUCUGGAGGCAUUCCAAGCAUUCCAGGUCUUCCUAGCUCUGGAGGCUCAACCGGUGGUCUUCCCAGUCUCCCUAUUGGAGGUGGUGGCUCAAGCUUCCUUCCAGGAGGCUCUACUGGUGGAGACACCACAGGAGACACCUCCGGCAGUGCUUCAACCAGCGCUCCCGCUUCUCAGCCCACAGGCUCUAGCGAGACUCCUCGCGCUGAGGGCGGUUCAUCCACCUCUCCCUUCGGCAGCUUCCUUGGAUCUGCAGGUGGCAGCAGCGGUGGCUUUGGUGGUUCCACUCAGAAUGGUCUCAGCGGCGACUGCAAGGACGUAACUGUCAUCUUCGCCCGCGGUACCACUGAAAUGGGCAACGUCGGCACUGCUGCCGGACCUCCUUUCUUCCAGGCUCUUGCUCAACAGCUCGGAAGCGACAAGCUCGCUGUCCAAGGUGUUGAGUAUGCCGCCAGUGUUGGUGGUAUCAUGCAGAUGGGUGACCAGGCCGGUUCCCAGAAGAUGGUGAGUCUUGUUAAGGAGGCUUACCAGAGGUGCCCCAAGACCAAGGUCGUCAUGUCUGGAUACUCGCAGGGUGCUAUGCUGGUUCACAACGCAGCAAAAUCUCUCCCUGCCGAUACCACUAGCAAGAUUGCUGCCGUUGUCAACUUUGGCGAUCCUUUCCAGCGACAGGCUAUCCAGGGUGUUCCCGCUGACCGCGUCAAGAUCAUCUGCCACGCUGGCGAUGGUGUUUGUGCCGGUACUGCUGCUAUCACCCCUGACCACUUGACUUACAGCCAGGAUGCCAACGCUGCUGCUCAGUUUGUCGUUAGCAAGGUCAAAUAA